GGUGAAAUGAUAAUAGCGCAAGCUGGCUUUUUAUGAAGAUGAGAUUGCCCAGUCCAAUUUGAAUUUGUCAAGGAAAACUUUCAUUGAGAUGGGACACCCUGAAAAUGGUCCCACAAACAGCUGAUUUAAGUGUUUCCGUAGAUGUCAAAGUCACCCGGUGUAUCGCAUCUUAGAUUGAACUAAGACGAGCGUAACCUAACAACCAUUUCUUUGAAUUGUGAAAAAAUGAACAAAUUUUCAUGUCUAGAUUGCUUUAUAAGAACCUUCAAAAUUAGAGUAAAAUGUAACCUUAUUGUGUUUUCAAGGCGGUUUACCUGCUUUCUUCGUACAUUUUCAGAAAUAUUUGUCGACACUGAAUAACAAUGCAUCAAAUCGGAACGUAUAGUAAUCAAUUUUAGUAUACUGAUGUUGUUAACCUUGCCAUAAAGAGAGAAAGGUUAUAGCAGUUGCGUGAAUGAUUCGAAAUAAGUAUGGCGCCUUACAAUUUUUUCUUUGACAUACUUGACGAUUACCAGAACAAUCGGUUUUGUGAUCUAGAAAUUUGUGGCUUAGAGCCCGAUCCGUCAAAAGAGAAGAAGCCCAUUCGCUGCCACAAACUUGUGAUGUGCUCCGUAAUCCAACAUUGGUGCAAUUUAAUCACCGAAGACACAGAUCGUGUUGAUAUACCAGACAUUGAUCAUGUCCAGCUAAAACAGUUCAUCGAUUCAAUUUAUUACAAAAUCACCAACACGGUUCAUACUUGGGAUGGCUUGAAUCCUAUGAUUGCAAUGUUCUUAGGCAUAGAUAAUGCCAUCCUGAAGGGUGCCAUUGGAUUCGAUCAAAAGGGCGGCGGGAAUAACCUCAAUGGUAAUGCCAUGCCUUUGGAGCAUUUUCAUGAUGCUUUCAAUGAUUCCGGAGCAAACGCGACAUUUCAAGUGGAAAAUGAAGCCGUUAAUAUCCGUGUUAAAGUUGAGGUAAAUCCAAAUUAUGAUAUCUAUGGAGAUGCCAUGGACUUAUUUGAUAGUGAUCAUUCCGCUGAUGAACCCAGCAUUGAUGAUGCCGAAGAUAAUGAUAAACCGAAUUCCGAGAGCAUUACAGCAGUGGACACAAGCCCAACCUUUCAAAAGAGGAAGAAGAGGAAAUGUGUCGAUCGAAAACUAGAAAUCCCACACAAGACCAAAUAUAUUAUUAAAGAGGCUCUUUCGUCUAAAAGGCUUUCUCUGGUGGAGAAGACCUUGCGACUCAAUCAAAAACUGAUGCAAAAACGGCACCAAUUUGAAUCGAUCAAAACCGAUGAAGUGCAAAAUUUGCUGCAAUCGGGAGAGGAUGGGAUAUUGAAAGUGAACGUGACAACUGCUAGGGUCACUGCUUACAACCGACCCGUGGUUUUGAAGUCCUUAACCGUGAUACCUGAUGGAUUCUUUGCUUUGAUUGGCCUACAUCAAACGGAGACAGGUCUUAAGGGCAAAUCUUUAGCCUGGACCACGAAAUCUGUUCCUGAGAUUGAAACGUGCUUUGUCCAAACCAUCGAUGCUUUUCACACAGUUUUAGGUCUUUCUCGGGCAUCAUUGACUAGUGCUAGUUGCUUUUACACCCACAGUGGACUGAAGAAGAGACCCUUUGCUAGUGGUCUGGUUUGUGACUUGUACCGAAAGUUUCUCUACCAAUCCACCAGAAGUGACUUGGAAUUUGAGUUAAACCGUCCGGAGACCGUGCAUGCAUUAUUAGAACCAGAGCCGGUCCGGAAAGAUCUCAAUUUGCCCUUGAAAAACUAUGAAAUCAUAAUGACCUCUGAUCUGGAUGAUUUGGACGACAUCGUCUUGGUGGGCGUCUAUGAACAUGGAGUGGAAGUCCGACAAAUCAAAAUUCCCGAAGGUAGUCCGAAGUUUGCCGCCACGAUUUGUUCGCGAUUACUCACUUUGGUAUGGGUGGGUGGAAAUGAAAAGCGGACCUUUCCGGAGAGCUCAGAGAUCUACAAUGCAUUCAAGAUGAAUACUCGUCUCAGCUACACGGGAAAGACCAUUCAAAAGCUUUUGGCCUCGAAUGAAGAACUACCCCGGCCUCUGCCAUUCGUCACGUGCGAUAUUUGUGGCAAAAGUUUCCAGGAAAACAUCUACAUGAACAAUUUGAUCAUGCACAAACGCAAUCAUGUCAUUGACGACUUUAGUUGCGACUGCGAUAUUCUAAUUCGAUCAUUCACUGAGAAGAAAAGACAUUAUAAAGAAUGCCACCACUUGACUCGCACCACAAAGCACCCUAAAAUGGAUAAAAAGGCGAUUGCUCCCAAAUCAAACGUCACACCCACAGUCCGUGACCGUCCACGAGUGUGUGAUAUCUGCGGGAAAGUGUUUCCCACCCAUACAACCUUGAAAUCGCACAUGGAGCGAACUCACGCCAAUCUCCAUUGCCAAGAGUGCAAAGAACAUUUCGGAACCAUUUUGUCAUUCAAAAAGCAUUGGAAGAGUCGUCAUCCAGACUUGGAGAUAAAACUCCCCUCACAUUGGAUCGCAUGCGAUCAAUGUGAUGCCGCAUUCCCGCGCCAAAUCGACUUAACCAAGCAUUGGACACUCCAUCACGGCCCGACGGAGAUGCAGCCUUUCCAGUGUGGUCUUUGUCAGAAGGGAUUCUGUGACAAGUCCAAGUUGCGGUAUCACGUCAUUCAUAACCACAUAAAAAACCGCCCAUAUGAGUGCCGGAGUGAAGGUUGCAAAGUCGCCUUCAACUUCAAUGGCAACCUGUACGUUCAUGAGAAGAGGGUUCAUGGCCAGGCCUUUGGCAAGACCCAGUCCUUGGUCUCAGUCCUUCCGGAUUCAAAGCUACUUGACAUCGGUUGUAAACUGAACCCACCUGUCCGAAUUCGAAAGCCAUUCGUACGAUGAUGGCUUUUUUCCGUCUCAGAUGUCAAAAUGUGUCUAUGUAAGCUUAUUUUUAUGUGAAAUAAGUACUACUUUUUCAAUCGA